AGCUGGAUUAGGGUUUUAUAGCCGAGGCGGCACGUGAAGCUCUUGCUCUUGGUGCCAUUGUCGUUGUUAAUCAUCCUCCUCCUCCUGCUGCUCCUGCUCCUCUGCAGUUGUGAUCCAACAUGACGAAGGGAACCGGUAGUUUCGGGAAGCGCCGGAACAAAUCUCACACGCUGUGCAGGCGUUGUGGGCGUAGAAGUUUUCACAUUCAGAAGAGCCGUUGUUCGGCAUGUGCAUACCCUGCCGCUCGUGUUCGUUCUUACAACUGGAGCGUGAAGGCUAUCAGGAGGAAAACUACUGGAACAGGGCGUAUGCGCCAUCUUCGCCAUCUCCCCCGUAGGUUCAGUAACAAUUUCAGAGAAGGCGCACAGGCCGCUCCCAGGAAGCAGGUUGCUGCCGCUUAGGGUGGAGUUAGUUUCGGCAUGUGAUGUGAAGCACUUGUACCAAUCAUUUUCGUGAAGCCGAAAUUUGAUGGCAUUUAAAGCCCUGUCUGCUAUGCCAAAGCAACAUCCUGGCCUAGUUGUAUUUUCUUGAAUGGACCGUUUCCUAGGCGAACUUGUUCGACUUUAUCUGUCACCUCGUUGUAUUGGAUAAUGUUUGCAUUUCA